AUGACAGUGUGUGGUGUUUUUACAAUAAACAGAACGUUUUUCUUCCUAUGUUUAAUUCUUCUCGGUGAACUUUCCAACGUUUCGACGCAGAAAAGCGGAUCGCAUUCGAAAUCCGCGUCACAUCGUUCGGCAGCAAAAAAAACGACAACGAAAAAGCCAGUCGAAGUUUUAACUCCUCCACCCAUUGUAGUUGAAGAACAAACCUGUUAUAACAAAUCAACUGGUGAUGCGAUCCGUUGUCUUCCUGAAUUCGUCAAUGCCGCUUUUCGACGGCCAGUCGUCUCAUCGAAUACAUGCGGUGAACGUUGGAAAAUUGACUCGACAAAUCCUGGUACUGAAUACUGUAUUCAAACAGGCCCUCCGCAGAGUGCUCUCUUCGGCGACUAUCUUUCGGGCAAUGAGCAGAAGAAUUGUUUAGCAUGUGAUAGUCGAGAUCCAACACGAGCCCAUCCACCUGAUUACCUGACUGACUUCAAUCAACGUGGUAAUCUGACAUGGUGGCAAAGUGAAACAAUGCUCGAAGGAACUAAUUAUCCAAAUACAGUGAAUCUAACGCUUGACUUAGGAAAAACGUAUGACGUAACGUAUAUCAAACUAACAUUUCAAUCACCCAAACCAGAAAGUUUUGUUAUUUAUAAACGAACACAUGAAAAUAGUUCCUGGAUACCGUAUCAAUAUUAUAGUGCAUCAUGUAUGCUCACAUUUGGAUUACCACCAAAGAAAUAUCCUGACUUCGAUACAGAAGCUAUUUGUUCAGAAGAUUUCAGCGAUUUGACACCAUUACACGGCUCUGAAGUAGCAUUUGGUACACUUGACUGGCGACCAGGUGCAGUAACAUUUGAGAUGCGUAAUGAUCUUCAAGAGUGGGUUACGGCAUCAGAGAUCCGUAUUCAACUUGUCCGAAUGAACACGUUCGGCGACGAAAUGUUUGGCCAACCUGCUGUGCUUCGAACUUAUUUCUAUGCUAUUUCAGAUUUAGCUGUUGGUGGACGUUGCCAUUGCAAUGGUCACGCAAACAAAUGUACCAAGAAGGGUGGUGAACAUAAAAACGAAACUCGAUGUGAAUGUGAACAUAAUACAAUCGGUCGAGAUUGUGACACAUGCCAUCCAGCUUACAAUGAUGCCCCAUGGAAAGCAGCUGGUGUUCUCGAUGCACAUCCAUGCAAAGCUUGUGUUUGUAAUGGCUUUGCGAAAAACUGUACGUUCAGUCGAGAACUAUAUGAACGUACAGGACAUGGUAGUGUAUGUAUUGAUUGUGCUGGUAAUCGCGGUGGACCCAAUUGUGAAAGUUGUAAAUUGGGUUUCUAUCGACUGCCCGAAAGUGAAGGUGAAUGUUCCGCUUGUGGAUGUGAUCCAAUUGGUUCGGAAAGUGUGCAAUGUUCAGCGGACGGUCGAUGUCGAUGUAAACCGGGCGUUGUCGGUGAUAAAUGCAAUCAAUGCGCACCGUAUCAUUAUAACUUUGGACCUAAUGGUUGCACUCGAUGUACUUGUUAUGAAGCAGGUGCAUCGCAACCACUUCAAUGUAAUCCUAAAACAGGCCAAUGCUCCUGUAAAACAUUUGUCGAAGGACAAAACUGUGAUAAGUGUCGAGCAGGCUACUUCAAUUUGGAUGCAGCCAAUCCCGAUGGUUGUACAAAAUGUUUCUGUUACGGUCAUGCUUCAACCUGUCAAUCUGCACCAAAUUAUUACUAUAAUCCUAUACGAUCAUCUUUCUCACAAGGUACGGAUGGAUGGCGAGCAAUAAAUCAAACGGGACACGCAGCGCCUAUCUACAGUGAUACUGGCAGCUAUAUAUAUGUGCAAUCAUUACCUGGCCAAGAUCUUACAUUCGAAGCACCAGAACGUUACUUAGGCGAUCGCACUUUGUCGUACAAUCAGUUUUUAACAUUCAUCCUAAUCUUACGUGCACCCGCAAAUGUCAAUCGCAUGUAUACGCAUGCAGAUGUUUCUAUUGAGGGUGCUAACGGAGUGAAAGUUGGUGUGGUUAUUUAUGGCGGUGCUCAGCAAACGGUUCCAUCCGAAGAACCCCUUACGUUUCGAUUCAGAUUAAACGAACAAUCGUGGUCACCGACAUUGCCUUUCCUCGAAUUUAUGCGUCUUCUUUCCAAUGUCACAGCUAUCCGUAUUCAUGCAACGUUCGGUGUUGAUAAUGCCGUUAGUUUUCUCGGAGAAAUCUCCCUUGGACAUUCGACGCCGUCCGUUGGCCUUUUCCCCAUUGGUAACGUUGAAACUUGUGCCCCGUGUCCACAAGGUUACUACGGAGAACGCUGCGAAUAUUGUGCUGUUGGCUAUCGUCGAGAACCGUCAUUUGGUGGUCCAUUUGCUAAUUGUGUACCUUGUGACUGUCACAAUCAUUCGUUCUCGUGUGAUGUGGAAACAGGCAGAUGUGCAUGUCAACAUCAUACAACAGGCGACAAUUGUGAACGUUGUUUACCGGGACACUAUGGUGAUGCUGUUCGUGGAACGCCGGAAGAUUGUCAAAAGUGCCCGUGUCCUGCAGGUGUUUCUUGUACACAAAUGGCCUUACCGGAACAACAUGUCGUCUGUUUAAACUGUCCACCCGGAUAUACAGGUGAUCGAUGUGAAUAUUGUGAUGAUGGAUACUUUGGUGAUCCAGAAGGUCUUGUUACUGGCGUACGAAGACCUUGCGAAUUGUGUAGUUGUAGCGGAAAUGUUGAUUCAAAUACAAUUGGCAACUGCAAUACAACUACCGGACAUUGUUUGCGUUGUACACGAAAUACUUAUGGUGUUUAUUGCGAAAAAUGUUUACCUGGACAUUGGGGUGAUGCUUUACUCGAUAUCAAAUGUCACGCUUGUAAUUGUCAUCCCAAAGGCACUCAACGUCAUAGUGAUAACUCACUUCUUCAGUGUAAUCUACAAACAGGUCAAUGCUCGUGCAAAUCGAAUGUACAAGGACGUCAAUGUGAUCGCUGUGAGAAUGGUUACUGGAACCUCAACUCAGACCGAGGCUGUGAAACUUGCAAAUGUAACCCAAUUGGUGCUUACAACAUCUCGUGCUCAGUCAACACGGGUCAAUGUUACUGUAAACCAGGUGUGACAGGUCAAUAUUGCGAUCGUUGUCUACCCAAUCAUUACGGAUUUUCACCAAGUGGCUGUUCAGCAUGUAAUUGUGAUCAAUAUGGAUCUCUCGAUGUUCAAUGUGAUAUUACCACUGGUCAAUGUCCUUGCAAAGAAAAUUUCAUGGGGCAACGAUGUGAUCUAUGCGAAGAAAACAAAUAUCGAGAUGGUUUCGAAUGUCCAAAUUGUCCACCAUGUUAUCGAGAAGUACAAAAACGUGUCAACCGUUAUCGACGAGAUCUUGAUCUCCUUCAAAAUGCAAUAUCGACUUUAAAUUCAUCUCAGACAUUGAAUUCCUUACGUGAAGAUAAACGCUUAACAGCUGAACUUGAUGCACUAGCGAAAAAUUUAAAUAAUCUCAAAGCUGAUUUGAAUCGAGCUGGUCUUGUCUAUCGAAAUACAACCGAUUACGAACAACAAGACGCUCAAUUCAGAUCGAAUGUCACUGAAUUCGAGGUGCGCUAUCGUCGGUUAGAACGUGAAUUACCUGAAUUCAUCGCCCAAAAUGAUCGUAUUCGUGAUCUCCUUCAAAAAGCCAACGACACCUUUUUGAUUGACACAACAUAUCAAUUAACUCGAAUAAAUAAAUUAUUACAAACCAUCGAUCCAAAUGGUCGCACCACCGAUAACCAACACGAAUCGGCUAUUAAUAAAACUGUUAUUAUGCAAACACAUAUUAAUUAUCUUCGAGAAACGUUAAAAAUGAUGCAAAAGUCGUACGAUGAUGCUUUGAACCAAAGUCAAACAGCGGAGCUCCUUCUCAAUACAAAAUUGAGUAUAUCCGAAGCAUUAAUUCGCGAUCAACUGGAAAACAAUAUGAAACAAAGAUUAACAUCACUCGAUCUUCGCCGACAGAAAUUAAUUGAACAAUCAGCAAAUCUUCUUCGUCGAGUAGAAGAAGUCAAAUUAUCUACAACUCAUUGGAAAUCCAAUAUAACAAAUAUUUCAACUGAUCAAGCAGGUUUAACUGUCACAUCAUCAAGUAAUCUUCGAGACGAAGUCACACGAGUUACAAAGCAAGCGAAGAAGCUUGCAGAUGACAUGAAAGUAUUUGUUAAUCAAAUGUAUAAGUUACAAGACAUGUCGAAAACUUUCGAUCGGGAAAUCCAAUCUCUCCACCUGUCAGUUCAAGAUGCUAGUCAAGAAACACAAAAACUCUUCGCCGAGGUCGGUCAAGCCGAACAACAAGCUCAACGUGCUGUAGAAAAGACUACAAUGAUCGAACGUGACGUUGAAAAAAUUCGAGAAAAUCUCCGCGCAUUUGUCCAAGACAAAGACACUCAAAGUAAAGAUGCAGAAACCCAAUACAAUCGUCUCGAUACCAUGCAGAAUCGUACAAAUGACAUUACACGACAGUAUUGGAUUGUCGAAGAACAAUAUCGAUCGUUGAAUACAAGUGCGUUAAACGCUAUUGAUAAUCAUGAAAAAUUGAAACUAGCCUAUGAAAAUAAUAAUAUUGUUCAAAAUUCCAAUACGAUUAAAGAACAAGUUGAUGCUAAACUAAUUCCAUUGAAAGCGGAAACUGAUUCGAUUAAUAAUCAUUCGUCUAUUGCUUUGAACAACAUCGAAGACAUCAAGUCUCAAGCGGAUAUUCAUGUCCGUCGGAUUGAAAAAGUCUCUGACAUCGGUCAGAGUUUAACGCACGAUAUCAAUUCCGCUCGUAAUCAAGUCGAGAAACUACUUGAACAACUGAAAUCUUUACAGACUUCGUUGAAUUAUUCCACACAAAUCAAUAUUACACAUCUGGAUGAAGUUGAAAUUGAAUUCCGCGAACUUUCCUUAGACGGUAUUUUCACUGCAAUUGAUCAGUUCUAUGCAGGUGCUUAUGUAGUCAAGGAUCAAACCGAUCAAUUUAUACUUCAACACGAUCAACUUGAUCAACAAGUAAAUAAUCUACUCAACAUCGCUCAAUCAUUGCCAACUGGCUGUUUCAAAACUAUCCCUAUUGAAAAUAGUGAUGGUGCACCCAGCGAAAGAUAA